AUGAAUCAAUCUACAUGUAUUUUGAUGAAUGAUGGAAUGGGAAGACAAUAUUAUAUGAUUUCUGAUCCAAGUCAAAUGUCAAGUAAUAAUUCAAUGAUGGUCAGCAGUGGAAUUACAACUUCCAACCCAACUCCUCAACCAUCUUCUACAUCAAUUACAGCAUCUACUUCAAUUGCAACUCAAACAUCUACUUCUAAUACACCUGCCACAUCAACGCAACCUGCCACCACUCAUGUCACCAUUGACAAGAAGAAGAAAUGUAAAGAUUGGGACAAAUGUACUCAAACUGGCGACCAAACACACGUUGAGAAAUUCUUCCAUCCAUGCAGAAAUGGAUCUCAUUGCAAGAAUAUUGAAAAUGUCAUUCAUCAAAAUAGAUUUGUUCAUCCUUGUAAAGAUGGAAAGCAAUGUAAGAAGAAGGAUGAUAAUUUACACAAUAUUAUGUUUACUCAUAAAUAA